CUGUUUUCCAGAGUAUAUAUCAAAAGAGCAAAAUCAGUCCAAAGGACCGAACUGCAUUUGAUCAACAUAGUGCCCCAAUUGACAGAUCUCAUAAGCACCCAAAUAGAGAAAAUCAUCAGUUUCCAUGACAUGCUGCAUCAUUCCGGGGUACUGGCCGAUGUCGGUGACAGAAGCGACAUACGUUUGUUUCCCGGUUUUCGAGAAGCGAUAGAGACCGCCAAUGAAUUUUGUGCCCAUCGGUUGCGAAUUUUAUUGUCUCUAUCUGUGGAUGGAUUCGUUCCUAAACGAUUAUCGCGUCGCGAAAUAUGGCCCCUUUAUCUGCGCCUCGAAAACGUAUCAAGAGAUGAAGGGAACAAUUUCCACAAUUCUCUGCUCGCGGGCAUACUCUGUACUCCUGUUAAACCUUCAGAUUUGAUGAUGGAGACGCUGUUCAGCAGGCUGGAGUCAGAGUUAAGCGCCCUGCGCGACACACCUAUGGAAGUGAACAUAAACGGCGCCGUAUGGACCCUAGAAGUUUCUCUUUACCGCGGAAUAGCCGACAUGGCUGCACAAAAAAUUCUCUAUGGAAUGCCGACCUGGAACCGUAAUUAUGGGUGCUCAAAGUGUGAUCUGGUAGGAGUCGUGCAGGGCCGGCAGCGCAUCUGGUUGCCCGCUCAAGACGAAAUACCAUCGCUCCGAACUCCAGAGUCGUUCGCGCGAGACGCAGAGAUGACCCCUGCCAUGAGGAUAAUGCUACCGUGCGCGUUUUCUUCUGACUCCUUACACAUUUGCUCCGAAGGUGUCACGAGAGAUAGGUUGCGAGAUAUGUUCAAUGCGGCGUCUAGAUUUCCGGGUCUCCGUGUAGAUUACCACAACACCGAACUGCUAAAGACGUGCCUCAGGAAACUGUCUUCCCACACUUACUCGAAUUCCCUCAUUUUAUCGCUAGAGGAUUUGAAGACCUGUAAAGCAGCCGAAAUAGAUGAGGUUAUUCUUAACAUUCACUAG